AUGUUCAAAACCCCGCCAAUCUUGAAAAAUUUUCAUUAAUUAAAUUAUCUGACAAUAAUUCAGGAAAAAGAGUUGGCUUAAAGCCAAAUUCCAUAAAUACCGAAUUAUUAAACUACAAGUUUUCUAGAACAAAUGCCUUCUCUUAAUAUAAUAAGUUUUAGUUCUGUUUAUAAUGAGCAAAUAUAACAUUAUCGGAAUUUAGAGAUAUUAAUAUAGAGAGUUUAAACAUAAUUAGAAAGUAUUCUUAUGGAAUGGGGUGAAAGAAGGGAAUUUUUUAUAAUAUUCAAAUAUAAUGAUUCUUUUGAACCCUUUAUGAAGACUAAAAUUUAAAUUGAGAAGAAGGGAUAUCAGGGCUUUGAAAAUCAGAAAGCUGUAUAUCAGAGCUUUGAAAAUCAGAGCCCAAAAAUCAAAAUAGAAAUAAGUCUAAUCAAUUAGAAACUUAUAGAAUAGAUUCCUACUCUAAGAAAGAGAAAAAAAAUUUCAUAAAAAUUACAUGGAAAUAUUGAUUUAAUGAAUUCUUAUUUAUAAAUUUAGUUAUAUUAGUAAAUAUCAUAUCAUUUGGAACUUUAAAACCUUAAUAGAAUGCUUUCCAAAAAAUUGAAAAAGUGA